GAGAGCGGCUUAAAGAUGAAAAUCCCAGGAAGUGGAAUCAUUUCUCAGAGAGGAGCCAUGAGGGGGAUUCUGUCCAUCUGUGUGACCUGCGCACUUCUACUGGCUUAUGUAGGAGCCACCACCACUGUGCCGCAAUCCACCAUUAGUGGUAAUGUUACUACAGACAACUCCAAUUCUUCUGCACCUGGUGCUACAGAAACCACGGGGACGGCUACGUCUGACGCAAAUACCACCUCCACUGUAUCCGCCCCAUCAACUAUUACCACCUCCGCUGUAUCUGCCCCAUCAACUAUUACCACCUCCGCUGUAUCCGCCCCAACAAGCGAUACAAACAACAAUGUGACCACACUGCCAGGUGUCAGUGGAAACACAACAGGAGAGGACACCAUCAGCUUCAGCACUCAGGAUACAAGCAGCUCGAAUGAUACAGGAACCACAAGCAACCCAAAUGUUACCGCACCGAGCCAAGACAUCACACAGGUGGCAGUGACAACAGCCAAUCUCCGGUCAUGCUCAUCUAACCCCUGUGGAAACGUUCAGUGUAUUCAGCUCUACAAUGACUACGUCUGCCGCUGUCCGCUGGGAUUUGCUUUUAUCAAUUCGACUUUGUCGUGCCGUCCAGGUGACGCUUUCUAUGGUGAGGUGACAAUUCCCGAUGUAGAAUUCAAUUCAGACCCAACAUCUCCACAAUACACGGCUGUCUAUCAAAACGUGAUAAACAAUUUUCAGACAUGUUUUGAGAACUUCACCAACUAUCUGAGCACCACAAUCCUGGAAUUAAGGCAGACUACUACAAAAAAUGCUCGAGCCACCAACACAGUGGUCGCGCAGGUGUCAAACAAUUUUGGACAGGGCACUGAAGACAAUACUACAGUAGCUGAAGCCAUAGAUAACUACAUCAAGCAAACCUCAACAUUUGGAUCAUAUGCUGAACAAACAAUCUGCUCUGCUGGAGUGUACUGUGACGAUAAAACAACGACAUGUACAGCAUACAGUUUCGGACAAAGCGCUAUAUGUACAUGUAUUUCCGGGCUAUACUCCUCACAGCCGAUCGUCACCACCUGCAAAGAAUGUUCUCCUGACUGCACGUCGUCUAAUGGGCAGCAAUGCAAGCAAGGAAGCGCCGAUGUCGUCUCCCAGUGUGUCUGUCUACCGGGCUAUAAAUCCAAGGAUGGCGGAUGUAAAAAAUGUGAUUUUGGAUAUUCUGGAGAGGAAUGUAAAGACGACUACCUGCUGAUCCUGGUCAUCGUUGCGGUUGUUCUCGGGGCCUUUGUGCUCGGUCUCGUGGGGGCCGUUAUUGGGGUGUCAUUGAGGUCCAGGAAAGGAAAGAGUGGCGAGCGGGCAGAACUGAUUGACGAUGACAAGCUGGGAAAAAGUAGCCCGGCUCCAGUGAGUUUGUUCCCCAAAGUCCAGAUGAAGCCAGACCUGGGCCAGGUGAACCGAGCCUCCAAUGUAUAUGAGGAGGAGGAGGAGGAGUACAGGCGCACCAUGCCCAAGCGGGAUUACGAUGAGAAUCCAUGGUAUGAGAUGGACAGGAAGGACAGGAACUACUAGAAGAAUGACGACAACCCCCCCCCCCUCCAUGGAUAACAGCGUGUUCUCUGAUGGUCUUCUGUGUGCACCGAGCUUAUUGGCGGGUACAAUAAGUCCGUACAGUCGGGUAUGACAUGAUGGAACAUCAGUACCGCUAAUCGAGCCCGCUGUACGGGGAACGUGGGCGCCGUCUCCGCCCCUCUCUGCUGGGACCAAUCACUGCACACGGAUAAUGUGAAGAAGACCACAGUCCUACUACAUGUAAAGGAACUGAUAGGAUCCUCCCAGUAAUUUAUUUUUUAUUUGUUAUUAUAAAUGUUGGCGGCCAUUGUUUGGAUAAAACCAAUAUUUCCGGUUAAUGUGAUUCUGAGCCUCGCGGUGCAGCAAUGGCGCCAUUCUAAGGGAAUUCGGAGGAAGAUUUUGUAAAACACUUCCGUUGGGAUACAGGUUCUCUUUAGGGUGGCAGACAUUUUACAGGCAGCUGGUUUUAUUAACUGACAUUACAAGUCCUUCAAUAUAAUAAUAUUCAUAAUGAUAAUAAUAAUAAUAAUAUGGAUUUUAUAAUGUGACUCCAUGGCACCUUUAUUUAUAUUCCUCCCACCUUCACCUCAUCACAAUCCAGAAAUGUAGAAAUCCAGAAGAUUUAACCAAAUAUGAAUCUUAUUUGUAGUUUUGUAGAAAUGAAUAUAAUGACAGAAUGUUUUUAGAAAUUUCACUAUUGUACUUCUACCUGAAGAAAUCAAGGAAAUCCGAACCUCUACAUUACGUGUGGAAAGAAGAGACACCCAAUCAUUAGAUACAAUUGUAACUUUCCCGGCAAUCUUAUGAAGGAAUAUCGCUACAUUGUAUCAGAACUUCAUUCAGAGAAUCAAAUUGAUUCUUAAAUCAAAACAAAAAGCUAUUUAUACAAUGUUACUGCAAACAAUACACAUCGCCCUCUGCUGUAAGGCUACGUGUACAGCGGCCGCCCCUAAACAUAACUCUCCUGGCAGCAGAAAAAUGCUAAACGCAGCAAAAAAGGGGCACCGCGCUUUUGUCACGUUUGUGUUUUUAACAAACCGUUCCUCUCCUGAACGCAAUUCUUCUGCAUUCAGGAGAGAGACCUUUAACUGCCCCUAAGCUCUGCUGCUCCUAAAGUCUGAUAAAGUCUGAUAAAAGCUUAUGCG